AUGAAAGAUAUUAAAAAGAAGGCUGAACAUUUCUAUUCAAUAGAAUUAGAUCGACUUAGAUUGUUUACAUAAUAAGGAGUUGAGAUAUUUGAAGAAGAUCUAAUGUUUCUUAAGGAUGGCACAUUACUUUAUGUUUCUGAUUGUAAUUUUAUUAUUUCUAUAAAGUUAACCUUUAGCUAGAGAUUUUGAUGCUUAUUCUUAAUUCAGUGUUUAUUAGAUAAUAAAGACUUUAGGAGAAGGAGGAUUUGGUAAAGUGAUGUUGGGUAAACAUAAACUGACUCAAGAAUAAGUUGCAAUUAAAAUUAUCGAUUCAGGGAAAUUAUGGAAUGCAGCUGAUAUAGACUUAGUAUUUAGAGAAGCAGAAGUAAUGAAAAAUCUAAGACAUAAAAACAUUAUAAAAAUUAUUAAUUGUUACACUCUUCCAAGUAUGUAGGUGAUAUUAAUAAUGGAAUUUUUAGAAGGAGGGGAUUUAGUUGAUUAUAUUUAAUGUAAAAUAAUAAUUGAGUAUUUAUUUUAGAGAAGGGGAAACUUUCUGAAGAAGAGGCUAGAAUUAUAUUUCGUUAAAUUGCAGAUGCUAUUUGUUAUUGUCAUGAUUAAAAGUUAGUUCACAGAGAUUUAAAGUUAGAGAAUAUUUUGUUAACUUCUAAAACAGAGAAAUAGGUAAAGAUCAUAGAUUUUGGUAUUGCUACAGUGGCUACAAAUUUUAUAAUUGAUAAGAUAGAUUUGGGGAGUUUAAGUUACAUGCCACCUGAAGUGCUAUCAGGAUAGAUAUAAUAGAUACGACCAUCUAUAGAUAUAUGGGCAAUGGGUGUAAUAUUGUUUGCUCUUGUUUGUGGUACUCUACCAUUCACAAGACCAAUAUAAGAGUAAACAGUUUAAAAUAUUUUAAAAUUAAAUUACUAAUUUCCUAAUAUAUCUUUGAGUAAGGAAUAUAAGGAAUUAGUUUAAUUGAUGUUAAAUCCAGAUCCAAAUGAAAGGUAUUCAGCUUAUUAGGUAUUGGGUCAUCCUUGGUUGAGGAAGAGUUAGAGUACUCUUUAGGCUCCUUCUAAAUUAUUUCCAAAAGGAAUAAUAAAAAGGGAUUAUACAAAAAUAAGUGGAGGGAAUAAUGGUAAUUCUAAGAAAUUAAUGACUUCUUCAAUGACGAUUGGUAGAGAUUUUACUUGUUUAUAACAGGGUAAGACUUAUUAAUCAAAUGGAUUGGAAUCUCCAACUUUAAUAAUUAGAAGUCCUUCUUAAAUUAAACCAUUUGAGAGUUUAAAAUAAUAGACUGAAAUUUUGGAAUCUUAAGAACCUGAACAGUAAUAGGAUGAGAAAAAGAUAAUAAAAACUGUUAGAGAAAGGAAAUUAUCUAGUUUUAAUUAAAAAUUGAUUGAUAAAAUAUUUAAGGAGGAUAGAGUUGUUAAAAGGAAUGCCCAUACACAUCCUUUAAAUUCACCAAAGGAAUCAAAAGAACGUUCUCCAAUUGAACGUGCUCACAUUUAAUUAUCAUCUGCUAAGAUUCAUAGUAAAUAAUCAUCAGAGGAUUUUACAAAGAGAGUGAGAUCCAAAUAGAUAAAAUUAAGGACCAUAAUAAAUUUGAGUUAAUUGACUGAUUUAAAGAUGUUAUAUGGAGAUGCUUUAAAGAAAAAUAAUGAACCAAAGAGAAUAAUAACUGAAUAGAAUGAUUCAUUAAAUUUAUACAAACUAUAAUUGUCAUUUAGACAUAGAAAGAUGAGAAGUGAUUAAUUAUUAUAGAAGACAUUUAAAUCUGGGGAAUUAAAGAUAAGUGAAUUAUAUAGUACUCUUUUUAAAUGA